CAGUUUCAUGUUAGAAUUGAACGUUUGACAUUCGUAUUUAACGUAACGAACCUUCACCACCACCAAACCUUCUCUGUGAAUUUCAAAAGGAAUCAAAAAAAGAUGGAUGACGAUUGGGAUGACGGAACCGAAUCUACACCUGUUGUAUCGAACGUAGGAGUAGCCUCGACCGGAGGUAGACAGUUCUCGAAGGGCAGGGGCUACAAGCCCGUGGAAUCGAACGAUGACGAAUGGGGCUCUGGCGGUGGAGGAGAUUACGAAUCGAACAGACCGAGAGGAGGCAGGAGCGAUAGGGGAAACCGAAGAGGAGGAAGAGGAGGAUCUGAUUUUGGUGAUAGAAGAGGUGGAGGUGGAGGAGGAGGUAACAACUACCGCGAAAAUAAUGGAAACAGUAACGGUUGGAGUAAUAAUCACAACGACGACGAAUGGGGAGCAUCCAAAGGAUCUGAUUCGUACGACGGGGGGCACUUUGAGGGCAGAGGUCGCGGAAGAGGUGGAAGAGGCGGAGGCGGAGGCAGGGGUAGAGGUGGCGGUAGAAACGGAGAAGGGGGCCGCAACGGUGACGGGGACUUUGGCAAUAGAGACCGCGACAGGGGGGACGAUAAAGAGGAGCCUCAAAGGCCCAAAGAAAUCUACGUUCCUCCAGAGAGGACUACCGAUGACAAUAUUUUUGCCACAACGAUUACAUCGGGGGUCAAUUUCAUUAAAUUGGACGAAAUUGAAGUCAAUGUGAGCGGGGAGGACAUACCGACUCCUAUUACUUCGUUCGAAAGUUCCGGCCUUAGGCCACACAUUUUAGGCAACGUUUUGAAAUCGGGCUACACAAAACCCACGCCUAUCCAAAAGUACGCUUUACCCAUCGUCAUGAAAGGGCGGGAUUUGAUGGGUUGCGCGCAAACCGGAUCCGGUAAAACUGCCGCGUUUUUACUACCCAUUAUAAACAGUCUGCUAGCCAGCCAAGAACCGCCCGUAAUGGAAGAAUCCACGUGUCAACCGCGUUGCAUAAUAGUUUCUCCUACGAGGGAAUUGGCCAUACAAAUCUUUGAGCAGUCGAAGAAAUUCGCUCACAAUUCCAUUAUAAAAACGGUUGUGGCGUACGGUGGUACUUCGGUGAACCAUCAGCGAACCGUUCUAUCGAACGGUUGCCAUAUCUUAGUCGCCACGCCGGGUAGAUUGAACGAUUUCGUGAAAAGGGGCCAUGUAAAUUUCGCCUCUUGCGGUUAUUUCGUACUAGAUGAAGCCGAUAGGAUGUUGGACAUGGGUUUCCUGCCCACCGUAGAGGAAAUGUUGGGACACGCCACGAUGCCCAGUACUGGCGAGAGGCAGACUUUGAUGUUUUCCGCUACGUUCCCCGAAGACAUCCAGCAUUUGGCCGGCAAGUUCCUAUUCAAUUACAUCUUCGUAGCAGUCGGUAUAGUGGGUAGUGCGUCCACGGACGUGGAACAGAAUAUCCAUCAAGUUACUAAAUUUGAUAAACGAGAGAAGUUAAUAGCCAUGCUUCAAAAGAACGACGAAAAGACCGUGGUGUUUGUGGAAACGAAGAAAAUUGCAGAUUUUUUGGCGACCGUACUCUCUGAAAAUGAUAUUAAAGCUACAAGUAUCCACGGGGACCGUCUUCAGCGCGAAAGGGAAGAUGCCCUGUGGGAUUUCAAAAAGGGUAUUUGCAAAAUACUCGUGGCUACCGGCGUAGCGGCCAGAGGAUUGGACAUUGAAGGUGUCCAACACGUUAUAAAUUACGAUUUGCCCAAGAGCAUUGACGAAUACGUUCAUCGAAUAGGUCGAACGGGUCGUGUGGGUAAUCGAGGAAAAGCCACGAGUUUCUUCGAUUCAUCACACGAUACGGGAUUGGCCAGUCAACUGGCUGUAAUCCUGAAACAGGCGGGACAAGAAGUACCAGACUGGCUGGGAAGCGCCGGAUUUAACUCUGGCGCUUCGGAUAACUUCGGAGGGCGAGAUAUCAGAGGGGGCGACUUUGGAAGGGCCCAGAAUUUCUCAACUACACCAGCUGAAGAGCCGGAGGAGGAAUGGUAGUGUUCGACGUUAUUUACCGAGUUAUCACCAAGUUUUUUUGUUUCUUUUAUUUUUUGAAUAUGUUUUUUAGUUAUUAAGACCAUGUAUCUGUGAUACAUAUUGUGCUUUUUUAAAAUAACUACGUUAAUUAGAAAUGUUAUCGAAGAAAAGUACCUUCUAACGAGUAGUUGUUGUUACGUUAUAAAAAUAUUUUUUUAAGCUCUAUGAGAAAGUCGUUAUAACUAAUUUUCGAUUUUGUAUUACUUGCUGCGUUUGAAUUGAAGUUCGAUGUUUUCUUUCCAAAUAAAAACAAUUUUCUAUA